CUGCCCGUGUUGCUGCGUAUUCCUCCUCGCGCUCUGACGCACGAGUCAGGUGGUCCCUCUAAUAGCACAGAGGAGCUGUCCGCGGUGCUGAAAGGAGACACAACAGCGCGAGGCGGACGCAGAGACAUGCUCAGUUCACUCACGAGCCUCCAUAGAAACUAACUACAAAGGCGUCACCAUGCCGUCACUCUCCAGGACCUUCACUUCAGGCAAACCCUUCCUCAUCUGUUUUGCCAACCUCGUCUUAAUCCUCCUCUUCCUCAGUUCCUCCUGUGCUCACGGGGCUUCUCUCAGAGAGCACAGACUGCGCGGAAGCGAGUCAGACUCCCAGAGAGGAAACGUCCACCAGGCUCCUAAUGUCGACAUGCUCAAAGCUUUGGAGUACAUCGAGGGCCUCCGUCAAAGAACUGGCACAGACUCCCAGCAGCACGCCCCUCCCGCUACAGGGUACGAUGCCAGCCACAUGGAUGAUGGUGAGAAGCUGCGUGCCAUGCUGAGACUGGCUUCCAACCCUGUGCAGAGCAAAGAUGAGGAUGAGGAAGAGGAGGAAGAGGAGGAGGGAAGGGAGGAUAAAAGUGAAGAGCUGCUCCAGGCUGUUCUCAACACCCUCCAGCAGACGGAAAAGGCUUCCAAGCCGGCUUCUCUUCGCCCAAGCGUCGAAGGAGCAGGCGUAAAGGAUGGCAUGUACCCCAGGGUGCAGCAGAAGCUACAUGGCAUCAGGCCUCACAAGAAGCUGCCACUAAUGUUUGAGGAUGAAGAAGAGGGAGAGGGGGAUGAGGGAGAGGAUGAGAAACAGCCAGAUCUGGAGCACGAGAGCCCCUUUAAACGCACCAAUGAGAACGUGGAGGAGAAGUACACGCCUCAAAACCUGGCAACUCUGCAGUCUGUGUUUGAUGAACUGGACAAGCUGACUAGUGCGAAGACCAUGCAUAAGCGCCAAGAUGAGGAGGAUGAAAUGGAGGACGAGGACGAAGGUGAUGACAUGUUCAAUGUGAGGAACGUGGCGUACGAUGGCAGGGAUCUCGCAGAAUGGGAUCCGUUACAGGAUCAGGAAGAGGAAGAGGAGGAAGAGGAGAGCGACAACAAACAUGAGGCCAACCGAGGGCUCGAUUAUGUCGAUGACAAUGAUGAAGAAGCUGAUGAGGAUGAUGAAGAACAAGAUGAUGAAAGCUACCCAGUCAAGAGGUCAAACGAUCCAGAUGAUGUCGCAAACCUCGUGGACUAUUACCUUCUGAAAGUGCUGGAGAAAACAGAAGAAGAAGAGCAGAAACGGGAGAUGGAGGAAGAGGAAAAAGAGAGGGAAGAGAGGAGAGUAUCUCAGGCACAGUAUAGUGAUAACAUAGAUCCACGUGCCAUCUACCAGCUCAUUCAAAUCUCCCAAAAAUACCAGAUCCCACCUGAAGACCUGGUGGACAUGCUCAAAACUGGAGAAAUGACGAAUCAAGACAAGUCACGAAAGAACAAUGAAUUAGCCAGAGCAGAAAACAGGCUCUCCCAGAUAUCCUCAAAGAAAACACACAAGAUUCCUGACGCUAUUUUCUACAACAGACACUUUCCUGAGAGACAAAAGACUCCAGAAGAGCUGAGGACAGAAGAGAUACUAAACAUCCUUGGUUUAGGAGGCGGGGAGGAUCGAUCUGUCAGGAAGCAGUACAAAACCUCGCCGUCACGACUUCACACUCUGCCUACAGGGCGUUUGGGGGAAUCCUCGCCCACGCAACGGCACCUUCCCAGCACAUUAAAGCAUGAUUAUGACGACACUGUGGACGAGGAUGAACUGGCGGCAUAUUUAGCAGCUCAGAUGCUGGCACAAUAUCCGAAACCCAGCAGCAGCAACAACAACAACAACAAGGCGAGUCAAAAGCGGGAUGAAGUUGGACACAGCGUGGCGGGCUCUUUUGAACAGGCGAUACAGGAUUAUUUUGAUCAAAUGGACUCAGAUAAAAGCCCAAAUGAAAAGAGACAGUCUGAGGAUGAUGAGAGGGGCGAUGACAUGCAGAUGCAAGGGUUUGAUAACGAGGCGGUGAUGAAAUUAUUGAGCUACCUGAACCCAGAAACGGAAGAAAGUGAUACUGAUGCCAAAACUGCCCAUGGAAUAUAAAUAAGGCUGUGGAUACAUAUACAUAUCUAUAAAUAUAUAUAUUGUUUUGGUGGAGGGAGAGGGUGAAAAUAAAGUAUUUUAAGAAUAAAACAUGCAGUCAACUUUAGUUAUUCUGUAGUUUUACAAAAGUUCUUAUUUAUUAGCAGAAAUAUGAGUGUUCAGACAUUCAUUUUAUGUUUUUUUUAUAUGAGUUUGUUGUUUAACAACACUGAACAACCAGUACAUGUGACUCACCAGCCUUGCAUUUCAAGACACACACACACACACACACACACACACACACACACACACACACACACACAACCAAAAUCAGUGUUGGAUCGCCUAGAAUCACUUGUGUUUUUUGGUAAUUCUUUCUUAAAUGUGGUCAUAUGUGACAUACCUGAGGUUAAUAAAGCAUUGACUUUA